GUAUUUUGUUAAAAUGGAUUUGCAAGAUUGUUUUGGUUCCAUGAAUCAAGAUAAAUUAUUAGAAAUUGUUCAAGAUGUUUUUGAAAAAUUUGGAGAAAGUUGCUAUCAGAUAAGAAAGUAUUACAUAUUAUAUGAAGAAAAGGAGAAGAUUAAACUGAAAUUUGUACGCUGUGCAUCUUUUGUAUCUGAAACAUUUUUCCAAUACAUUUUAAAAUCACGCAAAAAUAUAAGAAAUGCAGUUUUCAUAAAUUUGGGAACCGAAGAAUAUUUAGAUUUAAAUAAUAUAAUUAGAAUUAUAAAAAUCUAUGUAACAAAUUGUAUUGUGAAGAUAGGAAAAAUCUACUACAGAUUGAAUAAGGGUAUAAGUCAAGGUGGUUCUCUUUCUAUGAUGCUGUGUAAUUUGUAUUUAGCUGCAUUAGAAAAAGAAUGUCUUUCGGAAUUUGGAAAAAAUUCUGAAGAGUUAUUAAUGAGAUUUGUUGAUGAUUUUAUAUUUAUUACUCCUUUCAAAGACAGAGCUGAUCAUUUUAUGAAGAUUAUGCUGUCAGGAUUAGUUGAUUUUAAUCUUCAAGUAAAUCCAAAUAAAAUAAUUGUUAAUUUUUCUACUGAAACAAAAUCAGUUACAGUACUGGAAAAUGAAGAAAAAUUGAAGUGGUUAGGUCUACUUAUUAAUCCAAAUACAUUAAAUGUUUCAGUUGACUAUACAAGAUAUUUUGGUUUAUCAAUUGGUUAUAGUAUGUCAAUUGAUCUAAAGAAUGCUGGAUAUAAUUUAAAGAAAAAAAUGCUUGUGUUAGUGAUUUUAAGGUUUCUUCCAAUUACUUUGGAUACUUAUAUUAAUACAGAAGAUGUGGCUGUUGUUAAUUUAUUUGAAAGCUUUCUGUUAUUAGCUUAUAGGAUGCAUCAUGUUAUUAAAAACUGGCAACCUAAAAGAAGAAUGCAAAAUCCUUUAUUUUUAUUAGUGUUUGCGGCAUUCUUAUUGAUCGCUGGUUUCGUUAUCGAAAUCCAAGGUCGUCCCAGUUGCGUACCAGUUAGAAUUUGUAGAAAAAGAGGCGGUUGUUACACCAAAUGCCGAAAUAUAGGUUUUCGUGAAGUCAAUGAAGAUGAAAAUGUAUUUAAUGUUAGAGAAAACGAAGACGAUCACGAAGCUCUUGAAGACAUGGAUAUUGACGAUAAUAUUUCUAGAGAUUUGGAUGAUGAAUUUCAAAGUGAAAGUGAAAACAUGCGAGAGGAAGAGAGAGACUUCGACGAUUUCUUAGAAUCUGAUGCGUGGGAGAAUGAGAGUCUCAUGAAGAAACGUACAAGUGACGAAGAUGAGGAUGCUGCAGUCAGGGAAAUUGAUGAAAGCUCGGAAGAUGCAAAGAGGGAAUUAAUUAGGGAAGAAAUGGAGAAUGAAUUCAGAGAGUUACUGGAAAGUGAUGAGGCAGAGAAUGAAAUUAGAGAAGUAAUGAAGGAUAUGGAAAAGGAGAAUGUA